AUGGAUUCUGACUCUGGCUCCACUGGCAGCCGUGCCUCAUCCCCGGACCUGGUGGUGGAUGACUCUGCUGGGAGCUUCUUCUCCAACAAGAUGUUCCAGACAUACUGCCGAGAAAACAGAGCAGAAAACGAGCCCAUCCAGACCAGGAAUGAGCGCUGCAAUGGGGGUGGUAAGGCGAAGAACAGGUCUGAGCUCAGCAAGGACGAGGUGCAAGACCUGAGACUGAAAGUCAACAGUCGGGAGAGGAAAAGGAUGCAUGAUCUGAACCAGGCGAUGGAUGGCCUGAGAGAGGUCAUGCCUUAUGCUCAGGGACCUUCAGUCCGCAAGCUAUCGAAAAUCUCCACUUUGCUGUUAGCUCGCAACUACAUCCUCAUGCUAUCUAGCUCCUUGGAGGAGAUGAAGAAAUUGGUGGGGGAUGUUUAUGGAGGUAGUGCUGCUGUCCAGAACCGCACAGCUGCCCACCCUGCUAUUACACCUGCAGCCCCCACAGCCCACCUCCCGCUGCACCCUCUGGCCCAGUCUCUGCACUCUCUGGUGGGCAGCACGCCUUCAGCUCUCCCACACCACACCACGUCUACAGCUGCAGCCCCGGCUCCGCACUCCCCGCCGUCCACAAGCUUCCUGGGUUUUCAUGCUCCUGUGCAGGGCCUUCUAAAGGAGCCACUCCACCUGACCAGCUCCUACAGGCACUUCCCUGGCAUGCCCUGCCCCUGCUCACUCUGCCAGCCUUUGCCCACCACUACCUCCACAUUACACAGUCUGUCUAUGACCAAGUGA